GAGGCCUGGUUAGAUUUCGACUCGUCCAGCAGGACAGCAUGGUAGAGGGUUUAUCGACGAGUCCACUAUGGAGAGAUCCCAGUCAUCGAUUCCGGUUCGCUCUGGCGGUUACUUGAUCGCUCGAGCUUGAACACAUGGCCGGAUCUGGAAGCCGUGUUGGCAGCAAUGGUGUCCAAGACCAGACGCUCCUGCCAACGUCUAAAGAAGGCGCAGGAAAGGUGAGGGAGGGAUGGAGGGAGUGCUUUCGUGAUACUCAGGAACGUGGCAUUUUUCAAAGUUGCAACCUCGUUGCGGCCUGUGACGUUUACAAGUGGGAAAUUCGCGAGAAUUCUCACCCCGUUUCAGGGCUUGCCGCGUGUUGCGCAAGCGAGGAAUCGAGCAGCCUGAUUUCCUCUGCGGCCAUGCAGUGCUUCUCUCGCUCUCUACUUCCGCACACCAUUUACGGCAGCUUCUGAUGUCGC